GAUCCGGGUUUUGGAUCCUCAGGUAAAACCUCUAAAAUCAGGGUUUUACACACUCUCUCGCUAUUCUUAUCCAUUUUCCUUUUGAGCCAAAAAUGACAAAAUUUAGGAAAUUGAAUCGUCCAACUGGACAUCGUAUGUCCAUGCUCAGGACUAUGGUGUCCCAAUUAGUGAAGCACGAGAGAAUUGAAACCACCGUUGCUAAGGCAAAGGAAGUCAGAAGGUUGGCCGACAAUAUGGUUCAGCUUGGAAAGGAGGGAACUCUAUCUGCUGCAAGACAGGCAGCUGCCUUUGUGCGCGGGGAUGCUGUCAUUCAUAAACUCUUUACUGAAUUGGCUUACAGAUACAAAGAUAGAGCUGGUGGAUACACGAGAAUGCUCCGAACUAGGAUUCGAGUAGGUGAUGCUGCAGAAAUGGCCUAUAUAGAGUUUAUUGAUAGAGAAAAUGAACUUAGACAAUCCAAACCACCAAAUCCUCAACCUCCACAGAGACCAGCCAUGGAUCCCUGGACAAGAUCUCGGCUCAGCAGGCAGUUUGCACCACCUAAGGAGGAGAAAAUCUCUGACUCUGAUAGUUAAUACGAGUUUUUCUAGGAAGUGCAUUCAGGAUGAUUGUUUUGUCUUUUCAAUUCAUAAUGAUAUAUCUGGUUUUACAUGUUUGGAGCCUACAUGUAAUAGUGUAAUGAUAAUAAUGUUUCAUUCCACAUCACUGGGCAGGGUGGGUGGUAAAUUCAACUGGUUUUAAUCUUCUGUAUUUUCCAGCCUGCCUUGUACUCUAGUUGUAACCCCCCACCACACACACAGAGAGAAGGUUAACAAAACAUGUCACAAAUCUAAACUUGUGUACUAGCUCAGUUGUGAUACAGACCAGUGGUCGUAUUCUCUCUUUGAGGUCUGUACCAGGCUCCUGAUAUUCUUUCGACAUGGUUAAUAGAAGAGAGCAAUUUUUGUGUGGGAAA